AAGAAAACUUAUAUAGAAUCAGUCAAUUGGUGUUGUCGCCCCCUCUCCCCUUUAGGAUCUAAUCCAAGAAGAAAGCAAGAAGCUUUUUGCAUAAAACACAUCGUCAUCCAAAUUUCUUCCUUCCACCUUCACUACCCUGAUCCCCUUAAUAUAGCAGCUUUUGUGUUUUUUUUUUUUUUCAAUUUAUAAUUUAUGGGUCUCGUCUGAGGUUUGAGAAAGCUCUGAACUUUCUGAUUCUCCGUGGAAGUUUCUUUCCUGGGUUGUGUGUAAAAAUUUAGGCGCUAGAUUUGGGGGGAUUUGAGAGAACUGUGGUGAGAAAUGGAUGGCUCGAGAGGGAGGAGGGUGGAGAAGAGAGGUUAUGAGCAGAGUGUUGAAGAUGAGAGUGAUCACUUGCCUGAUUCGAAGAAGCCCAAAAUGCCUGCUUUAGCAAGUGUGAUUGUGGAAGCUUUGAAGGUCGAUAGUCUACAAAGACUAUGCUCAUCACUCGAGCCUCUCUUCCGUAGAAUUGUCAGUGAAGAAGUUGAACGUGCUCUUUCAAGGAUGGGAAAUGCUACAUUACCAGGAAGGUCGCCACCACCAAAAUUAACUGGUCCAGGAGGCAAGAACCUACAACUUCAUUUCCGGACACGGAUGCCACCUCAUCUCUUCACUGGCGCGAGAAUCGAGGGAGAACAAGGAGCAGCCAUCCAUGUUGUCCUGAUAGACUCAUCCACAGGCAGUGUUGUCCACAAUGGACCAGAAUCAGCAGCCAAAUUGAAUGUCGUGGUUCUUGAGGGCGACUUCAAUGAGGAAACUGAGGAAGACUGGACGUCAGAACACUUUGAGAACUACGAGGUCAAGGAACGUGAAGGGAAGAGACCAUUAUUGACAGGCGAGCUGCAGUUGGUCCUCAAGGAAGGCGUAGGAACUCUGGGAGAUCUCAGUUUUACUGAUAACUCGAGCUGGAUAAGGAGCAGGAAGUUCCGGCUUGGUGUGAAAGUUGCUAGUGGACAUUGUGAUGGAGUUCGUGUUCGUGAGGCCAAGACCGAAUCUUUUGCUGUUAAGGAUCACAGAGGAGAAUUGUACAAGAAACACUACCCACCAGCUUUACAUGACGAAGUUUGGAGAUUGGAUAGAAUAGCGAAAGAUGGAGCGCUGCAUAAGAAAUUGGUGAAGUCCCAGAUUGAGACAGUUGAAGAUUUCCUCCGGAUACUCGUUAGGGAUCCUCAGAAACUGAGAAGCAUUCUUGGAAGUGGAAUGUCGAAUAGAAUGUGGGAGAACACAGUGGAGCAUGCCAAGACCUGUGUCUUAGGAGGAAAGCUUUAUGUUUACUACACCGAUGGAGCUCAUAGCACUGGAGUUGUGUUCAACCAUAUAUGUGAGCUACGAGGCCUUAUAUCCGAAGGACAGUUUGUCGCCCUUGAAUCACUUGACCACAAUCAAAAGCUUUCAGUGGAUUCUAUAGUUAAGAGAGCCUAUGAGAACUGGCAUCAAGUCAUAGAAUACGAUGGCAAGGUCCUCACUGCUCUGGCAGCCAACAAGCCACCAAAGAAAGCCUUGCCUCCUCCACCGGUUGCCACGACUAACUACGACGCGCAACAACAUUUUGUAUCAAGCAAUCAAAACAAGCAACUCUACAUCUCCCCAGACCCGCCACAUCCAUCUCAGCUGAUCGACUUCCCAUUCGUAAGGCCAGAUCAUCACCAUCAAGCUACUUCAGCUACCAUUGCCCCUAUGAACAGCAGUAGUCAUCAUCAACAACAGCAGGCUGCAGCAUUGACCAGCAGCAGCAUGGACUUCAUGUCAGUGGGAACACCUGGGUACCAUUCAGGAGGAGACUUUUUCGCAGAGGAAAUAAGGAUGAGAAGCUUGGAGAUGUUGGAAGGAGAUGAUAUGCAGAGGCUGUUGAGAUCAUUCGGCAUGGGGAUGGGUGGUGGAUUUAGUGGAGGGACAGGCUUUGGCGGACCUGGUGACGGUGGUUAUUCUUACAACAUUCAAGGAGGUGGAGGAGGGUAUGAGCCUCAGAUGGAUCAAGUUUAUGCCUCCCAGGAUCGUGGAAGAAGUUCCGGGAAAGCGGUUGUUGGGUGGCUGAAGCUUAAGGCUGCGUUGAGGUGGGGGAUCUUUGUUAGGAAGAGGGCUGCAGAGAGAAGAGCUCAGCUAAUUGAGCUUGAUUGAAGAAAAGAAAUUCUUCUCUUUCAAUGUUUGGUGUCUAACAGGUCGAGUUAGGAGCUUUAUAUGAAUUCUUUUUAUGUUUGAUUGAUUCAAUGACUUGUUGAGAUACAUUGAUGAAUAUUUGAGGCCCUUUUUUUAACUUGACAGAGAGUGCAACUGCUUAAUAUUGAGAUUCUUUUGUUGAUAUAUAGUUUCUGUUGUUAACAUCAAAGGCAGGUUGAAGGAACUUGAAAGCUUUCUGUAGGAUUAUUAUUUAUUACCAUGUUCAUAGAUCAAGUAGCCUGAUGAUCAUAUUUAGGAAAAACUUGCCCAAGUAAGUUUGUUUGAUAGUGAUACUCACUGAAGACGUUAAAUUCAAAUUUAUUCACUCACUCAUGAAUGGUAAAGAAAAAUUCACCUUAUCCAAUUUGCUCGUGGUAACUCCUCCGCCGGGGUAUGUAAUCUCAACAAAGAUUCUUGAAAAAU